AAAGCCCCCGACGCAUACUGCUCCCAGCGCUCCUUGACUCGAUUGAGUUAACUGGAGUAGGGAAGAACGUACACAUUGCAGUGAGGUGGACAUCGAGGGAUUGUUGUGUGCCGUAAGCUUUUGACAUUGUUGUGAAAAGUGCUGCUGUAUUAAAAAAGAACAGAGGAGUGAUAGGAAAAUGACAUGGAAUCCGUUGAAAAGGAAUUACUUGACAACGAAGCCAACAUGGGUUCCACAAGUUAUAAGCAAAGCUGAUGACAAGGAGCUGGAUGUCAUGUUCCACAGAUUGCAGCAUUUGGAAGAGAUCACAAGAAGAUUGCAGAAAGAGAUGAAAAAAUAUUUGGAAAUUGCUGGAGCUCUCAGCAAAGCGGAACAGAAAAUUAGUGCUGAUUUGAGCUCAAGUCAACUGUCUCAUCAAAAUGAAAGAUUUCGCACAAUUGUUGAUGAUUACCAUACUGUUACUGUUAAGGGUGUAGAAAAUGUUCCAGAAUUAUCUAAAAUAUGUCAACAGGGGUUCUUGGACCCAUUAAAAAAGUACGGAAGUUUCUUCAGUGACAUUGAUGCCACAUUUCAUCGCCGUGAACAGUUGGUACAAGAAUGGAAGAAUGCUGCUGCAAAAGUGCGCCGCCUUGAAGAACGUGAACGAACUGCUAGCAAUGUUGUUAAAUUAGAACGUGAGAGAAAGACUGCCGAGACAGCUGCAGAGGAACUUAUAGUGUGUCACAAAUCACUUUUGUCAGAUGUUACUCAGUUUUAUUCACGCCGUAUCGACUAUUUGCAGCCUUCAUUGCAAGCCCUUGUAUUAGCUCAGCUGGAUUACUAUGGGGAGGCUACACGACUCUUUACUCUCCUUGUCCCUACACCUGCAUCAGGAUCUGCGGCAAAAGGUUCUCCUUCUUCUGCCGCAAUUAUUGAGUCAGAAUUUCAGCAGUCUGUUCAAUCAAAGUUGUCACAAAUAAGGGCGCUGUCAAUUGUGAAACAAUCCAAGGGCAGUUCAGUACAUACAUAAUACGUACAAUAUUCUGCUCUAGAUAAUAGUGCAGGAAUAACAGUGACAAAAGAUAUGUAAGUUUUCAACAGCUACUUAUUUUCUUUGUCCUGUUCGGCUGUGACCCACCAAGCCAGGUGUUACAAAGUUUAAGGCACUGAACUCCCAUUUGGAAGGUGUGGGGUUGAAAUCCUAUCUGACCAAGGUUUUUGUAGUUUCGCUAAAUUGCCUAAGGCAAAUGCCAAGAUGGUUCCUUUUCAGAAAAACCCUGUUCAGUCUAGGUUUGUGCUCAGUCUCUAAUGACCUCAAUGGCAAAAUUGAACCCCAGCUGUCAUCUGUUUAAGACCAUAUAUCUAAGUCUGUUUUCUUUUUUCCUGAUGGAAGGCAGAGCCUGGCUCUUAAUAGCAAACAGCCAGUGCAGGUUAAUUAUUAACAAAUGAAAGUCGUACUGUAGCUGUAGCGUAUGAGUUUUGCCCAGGUAUACAGUUUGGUUGACUGGUGAAAGGCAGUUAACAAUCAUUGUUUACUGGAAUUAAGAGCUUUCAAAUUGUUCACAUUUUGGUUGCACUUUGGCGUAGAGCUUUUGAGGUUUUCCCUGAAAGGUACAAAGAAACAAGAUUUGCAGUCCAGUACGAAAGGGCUUGUGUGAAGCAUUUAUUGCAAUAGACAGACAUUGUUGGUAGAAUUGGCAUAUUGUCAAAGGAAAAUUUUGUGACUGACGAAUGUUAAAAAAAAAUUAUUGCCAUGCCCAAUUACUCUCAUGUUUCCAGAUUUGGCUAUUUUCUAUUGUAAGUGGUCAUCUUCAGAACUAAUGGAAAGAAAAUGAAAAAUAAUAACCAUUGUAAUGGAAACUUGUCUUACUACUUAAAACCAAAUGUACUUAACAUUUUGUGCCUGCAAGCAUGUCAGCUGUUAAUUACUGAAUAAGUUACAUAGUCCAGAAAUAAAGUAACUAACUGUGUCAGAAUUUAAAGGAUACGUAUAUUUUAAAAGUUAUACUCAUAACCAAUUUUCCAUGGUUUGAUAGUAA